CAUGUUGCUCACGCUGCCUCGCGCCACGCGCUUCGCUGCGCCUCCCUGCUUGUCCCGCUCGCUCGCCACUCGCCGCCGCAGCCGCCCUCCCGUGACGAACGACGAGGCUGUGCGCGUGCUGCAGCGCCUCGCCUCGUCGCCCGCCUCGCCCGCCGCCCGGACCGGGCUGGCCGACUGCCUCGAGCGGCUCGCAGAGAACAAGCAGAGCGACCUGGCGUGGCGGCUGUACACCCGGCUCGACGCGGCGGGCUCGGCCUCCCUCGCCAAGCCCGAGUACACCGCCUUUCUCCACGCCGUCGGCUCGAUUGGCGUCGCGCCGCUGGCCGCUCGCGCAGGCCGGAUCGAGGCGGACAUGAGGGCGGCGGGCGAGGACGACCCCCUCUGCGAGUGGCAGCUCUGCGUGCUGCUGCAGGCGGCGGCCAACGCCGGCCGCUUCGACGACGCGCGCGCCGCGUACGAGGGCGCGCGUGGCCGGCUGCCACCGGGCGUGAUCUCGCGCAGCCUCGCGCAACCUCGGCCCAUCUCUCUCCAGGCCUUCGAGCGGCACCUCGCCUCCGACCUCGCCUCCCCCGGCCGCGGCCAGGCGCGGCACGACCCUCGCCGAGGCACCGUGUCGGAGGGCGCGUCCACGACACGUCCACGACACGCACCGCAGGCCCGCCCCGCCCUCACCGCGCUGAUGAACGCCUUUGCGCGGCGCGGAGACCUCGCGACGCUCGCGGCGCUGCAGCGGCGGGCGGACGAGGCGGGCGUCCCCCUCUACACCGAGCGAGUCAACGCGAUGCUGCUCGGCUGCCGCGAGGUUGGCGACGCGGCGGAGGCGGCGUGCCGCUCGCCGGGCGGGCCGCUGCCAGACUCGGCCACGCGCAAAGCCGCUCCUCGCCCGCCUAGUUGCUGGCGGCUGCUGCUCGACGCGUGCGAGCGAGGAGGCGCCAUCCACACGGCGCUCGACCUGUACGAGGCGGCGGCCGGGGGAGGGGGCGGCGGGGAGGGGGAGGGCGGAGGCGAAAGGGGAGGAGGAGAGGGCGGCGGCAGCCUCGAGGUCGACGCGCUGACCCGCAACUCGCUCAUCCGGCACUACUUGCGGGCGGGGCGGCCAGAGGGCGCGUUCCGCGUCUUUUCGGAGGCGCGGCGGCGGGGCCAGACGCCGCCCGCCAACCUCAAGGUGCUGGCCGCGCUGGCGGAGGGGUGCUCGGCGGCGAGCGAGGUAGCGGAGACGGAGGAGGAGGGGCGGAGGUGGAUGGGGCGCGCCCUCGAGCUGUACGCCGCGAGCGAGGCGCUCCUCGCCGCCCGCGCCGACCUGGCGUACGAGAGCGAGCAGGGGGGAGGCGCGGGGCGGCCGGGAGCGGGGCGGCCGAGCCGGGGGAGCGGCGGCGGGAGGGGGCGGUAGCGUUAGGGUUAGGUCGGGAAGACUUGGGGGACCACGAUGGGAACGGCACGCCAC